AUGGACGGGGACCAGCCCGGAGCCACAGCGCAGCUCCGGCCACCCCAAAUCCCCGGGAGCCACAGCCCGGCUCCGGCCACCCCAAACCCCAGGGAGCCACAGCCCGGCUCCGGCCACCCCAAACCCCCGGGAGCCACAGCCCGGCUCCGGCCACCCCAAAUCCCCGGGAGCCACAGCCCGGCUCCGGCCACCCCAAACCCCCGGGAGCCGCAGCCCGGCUCCGGCCACCCCAAACCCCCGGGAGCCGCAGCCCGGCUCCGGCCACCCCAAACCCCCGGGAGCCACAGCGCAGCUCCGGCCACCCCAAACCCCCGGGAGCCACAGCGCAGCUCCGGCCACCCCAAACCCCCGGGAGCCACAGCGCAGCUCCGGCCACCCCAAACCCCCGGGAGCCACAGCGCAGCUCCGGCCACCCCAAACCCCCGGGAGCCGCAGCCCGGCUCCGGCCACCCCAAACCCCCGGGAGCCGCAGCCCGGCUCCGGCCACCCCAAACCCCCGGGAGCCGCAGCGCAGCUCCGGCCACCCCAAACCCCCGGGAGCCGCAGCGCAGCUCCGGCCACCCCAAACCCCCGGGAGCCGCAGCGCAGCUCCGGCCACCCCAAACCCCCGGGAGCCACAGCCCGGCUCCGGCCACCCCAAACCCCCGGGAGCCGCAGCGCAGCUCCGGCCACCCCAAACCCCAACCCAAACCUCCGGGAACCGCAGCUCGGCUCCGGCCACUCCAGGCAUCACCCGCUGACCACGCAGUGAUGCUCAGCCCGUAG